AUGGAUAAUUAAUUUCCCUUUAAAGUCGAUAAAAACGAAUUAAAAAAUCGUCUUUCUAAAAUUUAAUUCGAUGUUACCUAAAAUGCUGCUACAGAAUAACCGUUUACAGGUAUUUAUGAUAAACAUUUUAAUCCAGGAUAGUAUAAUUGUGUGGUUUGUAAUAUUAAAUUAUUCAAUUAUUAAACUAAAUAUGAUUCCGGAAGUGGCUGGCCAGCUUUUAGUCAAGGAGUUGAAGAAAACAUAUUAGAAAAAAUUGAUAAAAGUCAUGGAAUGGUCAGAAAAGAAGUUUUAUGCAAAAAUUGUGGGGCUCAUUUAGGCCAUGUUUUUGAUGAUGGAUCUACAAAUACUUAACUUAGAUAUU